AUGGUUCAUAAAAAUAAUAUAAAAAAUACACCAAAAAGCUCAAAAGAAGAAAGUAAGACAUUAAAAAAGAAAUAUAUAAAAGAUUUAUGUUCAUCAGCAGGAAACGAGAAAGAUAAGACAUUUAUAUUAACAAAUGGAGAAAAUAAGUGUUCAGUGGUGAAAAAGAACAACAAACGUGCAAAGAGUAUUAUUAAAUCAGAAGAUGAGUCUAGUGACAAUGAAAAACCUUCGAAAAAAUAUCCAAAAAAAACACAAAAAUUGAAAGAAGAGGAAAACAUGGAUGUCUUUACCGAUAGUGACUCUGAGCUUUCUGAGUUAGACGAAGAUUCAGAUUUUCAAAUGAAGAAUUCAAUCUCAUCUGUAUCAAAUAAGAAAUCUUCAAAUAAUUCGAAUUCAAAAAAAUCAGGGAAAAACAAUAAUUUAGAAGCAAAUCAUGGCAUUAAUUCAUUUGAAGAAAACAAAAAAUCGACUAAAAAAGUAACAAAACCAAAACAAAUAAAUAACAUUGAAAAUAGACUAUCAACAGAAAAUAGUCUUAAGUCUACUCAAGAAGCUAAUAAAAAAGCUAAACAGUCUGAAGAUAAAGUGAAAAAAAAAACACCAAUUCCUAAAAAGUCAAAUUCUGAAAAAUCAGAAAAUCAUGAAUUAUCAAAGUUAAAAGAAGAAGAAGAAGAAGACUAUAAAUGGUGGGAACAACAACAAGGAGAUGGAACAAUUAAAUGGACCACAUUGGAGCAUAACGGUGUCAUAUUUCCACCUCCAUAUCAACCACUUCCCUCUUAUGUUAAAAUGAAGUAUGAUGGAAAACCAAUUGACCUUCCCCCAGAAGCAGAAGAAGUUGCAGGAUUUUUUGGUGCAAUGUUAUCUUCAGAACAGCACGUCAAAAAUCCAACUUUUCAAAAAAACUUUUUUAAUGAUUUUCAACAAAUAUGUAAAAAAACAAAUGCGCCUUUUAUUCCAGAAACAUUUGAAAAAUGUGAUUUUACACCUAUGUUUGAAUAUUUUGAAAAGAAAAAAGAAGAAAAGAAAAAUAUGUCUAAAGAAGAAAAAAAAAAGUUAAAAGAAGAAAAAGAUGCAUUAGAAGAAAAAUAUAAAUAUUGUUAUCUUGAUGGGCGUAAAGAAAAAGUAGGUAACUUUAGAAUUGAGCCUCCAGGGCUAUUUCGUGGACGAGGCGAUCAUCCUAAAACAGGAAAAUUAAAAAUGAGGGUUCUUCCAGAACAAGUUAUUAUUAAUAUAGGAAAAGAUGCAACUGUUCCUUCUCCUCCUCCUGGGCAUACAUGGAAAGAAAUACGGCAUGAUAAUACAGUAACAUGGCUUGCUACAUGGAAUGAAAAUGUCAAUAAUAAUGUAAAAUAUGUAUUUUUAAGUGCAGGUAGCUCUCUAAAAGGUCAAAGUGACUUUAAAAAAUAUGAAAAAGCACGAAAACUUAAAAUGUAUAUUGAUGAUAUUAGAAAACAAUAUCGAAAAGAACUUAAAGAUGAACUUACAGAAAUUCGUCAAAGAGCAACGGCAAUGUAUUUGAUUGAUGUAUUUGCUCUUAGAGCAGGAAACGAAAAAGGUGAAGAUGAAGCAGAUACAGUUGGAUGCUGCUCAUUAAGAUAUGAACAUGUAUCUUUAAGCCCACCAAAUACUGUAGUCUUUGAUUUUCUUGGAAAAGAUUCUAUAAGAUAUUAUAAUGAAGUACAAGUUGAUCCACAAGUUUUCAAAAAUUUAAAAAUUUUUAAACGACCACCCAAAACAGAAGGUGAUAUGCUUUUUGAUCGUCUUAAUACUUCUAAAUUAAAUAAUCAUUUAACAAGUUUAAUGCCUGGUUUAUCUGCUAAAGUAUUCCGUACUCAUAACGCGUCAUAUACCAUGUCUGAGCAGCUUAAAAAUACACCAUCUGAUGCUUCUAUACCAGAUAAAGUAUUAGCAUACAAUCGAGCUAAUCGUAUGGUUGCUAUUCUUUGUAAUCAUCAACGUACAGUUAGUAAAGCUCAUGAUGCACAAAUGGAAAGAAUAGAAGAUAAAAUUUUGGCAUUAAAAUAUCAAAAAAUACGUUUAUAUAAAACUAUUUUAACUAUAGAACCGCAAUUGAAAAAAAAACGCCCAGAUUUGUCAGAAAAAGUUUCAGAUGUUGAGGAAGAAUGGAUCAAAGAACACCAGAUAACUUUGCUAGAAAAAGAGCGUGACAAAAUUAUAAAAAAAUUUGAAAAAGAUAAUGAAAAACUUUUAAAUCAAAAUGAAAAACCAAUGCCACAAAGUCACUUAGAAAAAUUACUUGAAAAAGUAGAUGAAAUGGAGAAAAGUUUUAAAAUAGAAAAUGAAACUGGAAAAGUUGAGCCAAAAACAAGAGGGCUAACAAUAAAAAAAUUAGACCGUCAAAUUGAAAAAAUCAAUGAACGAAUUAGAAACAUGAAAGCAAUGAUGAUUGAUAAAGAUGAAAAUAAAACUACUGCAUUAGGAACAUCAAAAAUAAAUUAUAUUGAUCCUCGGUUAACAUACGCAUGGUGUGCAAAAUAUGGCGUUAAUAUUGAACGCGUAUUUACAAAGACUUUACGUGAAAAGUUUGCAUGGGCUGCCUCUACAACUGCAGAUUGGGAAUUCUAA